AUGUCCGCUGAAGUUGCUGGUAAACUAUCAAAAAAGAUUGGACUAAAAGGCCCAGAUAGACCCGAUUCCGUACUUAGUCUUCUCAGAAGCUACGAAUUCUCAGAUGCUCAGAUAUCCAAAAUUGUGAAAAGAUAUCCCCAGUUGCUUGCAGCAAGUCCUGAGCAGAAUCUUUUGCCCAAACUGAGGUUUAUCCGUUCUAUAGGAUUUUCAGCUUCUGAACUCCCAGAACUAUUUUUUUCUAACCCUACAUUACUAUUUUGGAGCUUAGAGAAACGUAUAAUACCCCACUAUGAGGCCCUUAAAAGGGUACUUGGUGAUGAUCGGAAAGUAAAGAGAGGUUUGAAAAGCUCAUGGUGGAACGUUAGAUCUUAUAGUGUAACGAAUAUGGAUCCAAACAUAAAGGUCUUGAGAGAUGAAGGAGUGCCUCAAUCUUCUGUCUCUACUCUGUUAUGUAGAAAUGCAAAUUUAGUAUUUAUCAGUCAAUCAAAGUUUGUUGAAUGUGUCAAGUUUGUCAAGGAAACAGGAAUUGAACCUUGCAAGGUUACGUUCAUUGAUGCAUUUAUAGUUGUUGCGCAGGUUGGUAAAUCAACCUGGGAGUUGAAACUGGCUAUCUUUGAGAGGUUGGGCUGGUCCAGGGAUCUCACUAUUAUGGCAUUCUGUAAGUUCCCAAAUAUCAUGAAAGUGUCAGAGAAGAAACUUACAAACAAUAUGAAGUUUUUUAUGGACGAAAUGGGUUUGCCGUUGGGGGAUAUAGCUGGAUGCCCGACACUUUUCAGCUAUAGUUUAAAGAGGAGGAUUAUACCUAGAUUGUCGGUAGUUAAAAUUUUGAAAAUGAAGGGUUUAAUCAAGGCUAGUAUGUCCAUACUGGGAAUGAUUAUUUUGAGUGAGAAAAAGUUUCGGGAAAAUUUUGUGAUCAGAUUUCAGGAAAGUGUUCCUGAGCUACUGGAACUCUAUGGCAGUGACUUGAGACCUUCACCUGAUGUUCUGGCGCAGGCAGUUUCCUGA